CUGUUGCCAGGCAGCCAUGGCAGUGGCGGAACUUUUAAAUUUGUGUUUUCUAGUUUUGUAGUUGUUUGGUUUUUGGGUAAAGUGUCGUUAUUACUAGGUUAUUCACGAGGAUUGUGAACGACGUUGAAGCCCAUAACGAAUACAGAAUACAGUAAAAAAAAAGAUGAUUUGCAUUUUAUUUACAGCGAAAACGGUGCCUUUUAUGUUUAGUUUAGGCGAAAUAUCACUAACGUUUUAUAUUCUGCAGUUCGGUAGUGUAAAAACAAGGGCGUUUAAUGGUGACUGUUGUAGGUAACGUCUGUAAGAAGACUGAAUUUGAUUUGUGGAUCUUAAUCAUGUCAUUGAGAAAUAAUAUAUAGCAAAGCAUAAGUAUUCAGUACUUAUAUUAAAUCUUAUCAAUUAUUGACAAAGGCACAAAUGAAAUAAAUAAAUUAUACGAUUUUUAACUUGCAGAUGUAUUUUAAAUGGUUUAAAUUAUGACCUAAUGUGAAACUGAAACCUUUCGGAUCAGGGGCAGAAAAUAUCGCAACACUUGCAUCCUAGUUGUUCAUCUUUAAUGACGUUGAGCAGGAGGCAAAAUGAAAAGGUCAAAAAUAGACACGAAAAGGAGAUUUUACAUGGGACAACACCAAAUAAUGAAGAAAAAGAGUAACCGUGAAGCUAAUGCUGAGACAAUGGCACCACAGAGUUCAAGUCGCCUACAGCCAGCAAGACAUCUCCAUUGUAAAGAAAUAGAAAGCAAAGAAAACAAUGGAGAAGCUUCCCUUAAAGAGACAACACCAAGGCAGACUUGGAUUGGUGAUUCAACCUUGGCUAUGGAUGAAGAGCUCUUACAAGCCCUGGAUGCAUGUGUACCAGUUACGACUCCAUUGAGUCAAAAAACCAAUGUGGUUUUAAAAUCAAAGGACCUGGAUAGUUCUAGUUAUGUGACCAAAACUGACGAUGCUGAUCCUGAAAAGGGAAAAAUGAACUUCACCAGAAUUAAAAAUAAAAGCAAUACAAAAUCAGAUUUUGGAGGCCAAGCUAUAACAAGGCAUUUCAAUCAAAGAACUAUUUUAGACUUAUCGGAGCCAGAACCAUCUAAAACUCAUUCGAGAGUUUCAGAAAACAGCAAGGCCUUGGCUAAAAAACUGUUGUUUAGUGAGGACACAGACAGCGAUAAGUCUUCUUUUAAGAGGGAUCACAGUACUGGCAAUACAGAAAAGCAUGCAGCUAAGAAGAAAAGAGAAAGACCAUCUUCUUUAUCAAGCCCGGAGUCAAGUGAUUCAGGAGGUCCAUCAUCUUGUAAGCGAGCUUCUUUGAUAAAAAAAAAAAUCACCAGAGCAGAAACCUAUAUACAUGGACAAAAUCAUCGGCAGUGGACAUUUGGAAAAAAAACACUUGCUGCUGAUUCUCAGAAUGUUUACACAUCUUUGAACACUUCAAGGGACGACUACAUUCUCUUCAGUCCCACACAUAUAGCUGCUGGUCUCCAGAAGAAGUUACAGUCUCAACAGCUUCCAGUAGCUAAUCUGUCAACCUCUGUGCUAACACCUCCUCCUGGGCUGGAUUUUAGCAGGGCGAAUUGCAGCACUCUUGAUAACACUCUCCCAGGUACAGGACAAAACAUUCAUGUGGCUUUACCUGCUGAGCAGCUGGACAAGCUGUUGCUGUCAAGCUGGGGUCUUCCUAAACCUGUCCUGGAGAAGUACCAGCGACUGGGUGUGGUCCAGAUGUUUGAAUGGCAAGCAGAGUGUCUCACUUUAGGACAGGUACUGGAAGGCAAGAACUUGGUCUAUUCAGCUCCUACCAGUGCUGGGAAAACAUUAGUUUCUGAGUUAUUGAUUUUGAAGAGGGUUCUGGAAACAAGAAGGAAGGCUUUGUUCAUUCUUCCUUUUGUCUCAGUGGCAAAAGAAAAAAUGUAUUACCUUCAGAAUAUAUUUCAGGAGGCAGGUGUUAGAGUAGAAGGUUACAUGGGCAGCACUUCUGCCGCUGGUGGAUUUUCUUCUCUCGAUGUGGCUGUGUGUACAAUUGAGAAAGCCAAUGGGCUCAUCAAUAGACUUAUUGAAGAAAACAGAAUGGAUCUUCUUGGAAUUGUUGUGGUUGAUGAGUUACAUAUGUUAGGGGACUCCGGUCGAGGGUACCUGCUGGAACUAUUGCUGACCAAGAUACGUUAUGUAACACAGAAGACAUUGUCCAGAGAGUCCUCAAAGAGCACCCCAUCCUUCAGAGAAGAGGUGCAGAUUGUGGGCAUGAGUGCUACCCUACCGAACCUGGAUCUAUUAGCCAAGUGGUUAAACGCAGACCUCUACCACACUGACUACCGGCCUGUGCCGCUGAUGGAGUGGGUGAAGAUUGGGAAGAAUGUUUAUGAUGGCUCUCUGGCUUUAGUUAGGGAGUUUAAACCUGCUCUUCAAAUCAAGGGCGAUGACGACCACAUAGUAAGCCUUUGCUUUGAGACGAUUCAGAGUGGCCACUCUGUUUUGUUGUUCUGUCCCUCUAAGAACUGGUGUGAGAAGCUGGCUGACAGUAUUGGCAGAGAGUUCUAUAAUUUCCACCAGAGAGCUUUAAAGUCUGCUGAAGGGGGGGACAAAAAUGCUAGUGUCCCACCACUGUCCCUUGAUGAGGAAGGCCUGCUUGAUGUCCUGGCCCAGCUGAAGCGCUCUCCGGCGGGCCUGGAUUCUGUCUUAAAGCGCACAGUGCAACUGGGCGUGGCUUUCCACCAUGCAGGCCUGACUUUUGAAGAGCGGGAUAUCAUUGAAGGUGCGUUUCGGCAGGGCUACAUUAGAGUCCUUGUUGCCACCUCCACCCUUUCUUCAGGGGUAAACCUGCCUGCUCGCCGUGUCAUCAUAAGGACACCAGUCUUCAAUGGCCGUCCGUUGGAUAUGUUGACUUACAAACAGAUGGCAGGGAGAGCUGGGCGCAAAGGUGUUGACAGUAUGGGUGAGAGUAUCCUUGUGUGCAAGGAGUCUGAGAGAACGAAAGGAACAGCCCUCUUACAAGGAUCCCUGAAGCCAAUCCGCAGCUGUCUCAUAAAGAAGGAGGGGGAAGGGGUUACCACUAGUAUGAUCCGAGCAAUACUUGAGAUCAUUGUUGGGGGUGUUGCCAGUACUCCUGGACAUGUGAAGAUGUAUGCUUCUUGUACGCUGCUGGCUGCUAGCUUGUCAAAAGAUGUUACAGAAUUAGGAUGCAGUGAGGGAGAGAUGAACAUGGAGAGGACUGCCAGGAAAAGGAAGUCAAGCAAGCAGACGAGCCCUAUUGAGGCAUGUGUGGAUUGGCUCAUAGAAAAUGAAUUCAUUCAAAUUCAGGAAGAGGGAGACAAAGAACAGAAAAUUGAGAAAUACUGUCCCACUCACUUGGGUGCAGCCACCCUCUCCUCCUCCCUGUCUCCUCCUGAAGCGCUUGGAAUAUUUGCAGAUCUCCAGAGAGCAAUGAAGGGCUUUGUGCUGGAAAAUGACCUCCAUAUUCUCUAUCAGAUUACCCCGGUCUGUGCAGAUUGGGCUACAAUUGACUGGUACCAGUUCUUCUGUCUUUGGGAACAUCUGCCCACUUCAAUGAAACGUGUAGCAGAGAUGGUUGGAAUUGAAGAGGGGUUCUUGGCUCGUUCUGUUGGUGGAAAAAUAAUAGCAAAAACAGAGCGACAGCACAGGCAGAUGGCUAUUCAUAAACGCUUUUUUACCAGUCUUGUGUUACUGGAUCUGAUCAGUGAGGUACCACUUGAAACUGUUGCAAAGAAGUACAGCUGUAGUCGAGGACAGCUUCAAUCUCUGCAACAGUCAGCUUCUACAUAUGCUGGUAUGGUCACAGUGUUCUGUAAUCGCCUGGGAUGGCACAACUUAGAGCUCCUCUUAUCCCAGUUCCAGAGCCGACUCAGUUUUGGCAUUCAGAGAGAGCUGUGUGACCUUGUAAGGAUCUCUCUCUUAAAUGCACAGAGGGCCCGAGCGCUCUACAAUGCUGGAUUCAUCACUGUGUCUGAACUGGCAAGAGCCAGUGCUGCAGAUGUGGAGAUUGCAUUGAGGAAAGCAGUCCCAUUUAAAAGUUCCCGUAAAGCAGUGGAUGAGAGUGAACAUGAAGCCCAGGAGCGCAGGGACACCCGCUGUAUCUGGGUCAGUGGGAAGAAAGGUCUGACUGAAAGAGAAGCAGCUUUGCAGAUCGUAGCAGAGGCAAGAAAGCUCCUCCAGCAAGACCUGGCCCUCCUUGGAAUACAGUGGAACCCAGACUCCCUUACAACAGAGAGUCCGCAAACUGUUGCCGAGGAUGGAUCUGAUGAAAAGGCAUCAGGAACUUCUGUGCUUUCACAAACCAAGGGAAAGGGAGUUUUAAUUUCCAUAAAAGAUCAUCUGCAAAAAGGAGAACUUAUUCUGAGUGAAAACAGCAGAAAAAAUGACAAGGAGCAGUCACCUUUAAGAAAGUCAUUUAUUGUCAUUGCUAGCAAUGAAAAGGGUUCAACCAAAGAAAAAAUAAAUGAAACUAAGGCUUCUGUUGACACAGGGUGUCCUGAAGACAAAGAUUCUGCUGUUUGUCUCAAUUCCAGGAAUGCUACUACAAAGAGAGAGAAGAAUGCAAAAGACUCAAUUUUGCUUGAUUCUACAGGGAUUAGGGGGCAGGCCUCCACUAAUCAUGUUUCUGCACCAUGCAAAGUUACAUGUGAAAGAUCUUCAAAUUCAAAUGCAAAAUCUCACGGAGUUGGCCAACAUUUAAAUUCAUUGUACUCAUCCAUAUGUCAGAGGUCUGAUGAAUUUGCAAUAAAGGAUGAAAUGAAUGUAAUUGUAGGACCAACAACUGCAGAUAUAGACUCUGUCAAAAUGACUACAAUCAUAAAAUCCCAUAAUUCCCCCAGGAAGGAUGACACCUCAAAUUUGCAACUCGAAAAUCUUAGCAAGCUUGCCAUGAACCACGUAUCCAAGCGCAGAAAGACUGGAAGUUGUGAAACUGAGACUGUUGAGCAUAAUGAAAUCACUGCUGAUGAUUGUGUCACUUCUGAAUCAUGUGUGAGUAAAACAAUGGAAUCUGAUCAAAGAAAUUGUUUAGUUGUUUCUGAGUACAGUAGUGCACCUGGCACUUCAAAGACCCAUUGCAUUCAGAAAUGUCCACCUAAAUGUAAAAACGCUAGGGAAAAAAACAAAGUGUUGAGUUCUGAGAGUUUCCUUAAGCACAAGCAUCUUGGAAACAAAGGCAAAAAUGAUCUGCCAGUGUCCAUGAAUAAUUUCCCAUCUGUCAGUGGAAAAAAAUGUAAGGAUAAGUGGAACCAUCGCAACAUUGAAAACAGCUGUGGGCUCACUGCGUCGGAAACUGAAAUUGAAAAAAGUACCAAUGAGGCUAUGCUUUUAAGUUUGCAGACACACACUGAUAUAAAACACUCAAAGACACAGAACAGUAAGAGUGUUCUGGAAGGAUGUGUAUCAGAUCCAGUUCCAAAUCGGAAAACUGAACAAAAUCCAUGCUUUAAAGCUCAAGAAAUAUGCAGAUCUCCUGAUCUAUAUGCAGCAGGUCAAGAGGAAUUUGAGGAAAGUUUUCCACUGGAUACACAGACAGAGAAAAUAAUCAUGCAGCAAGAUUCUGUUGUGAUAACGGUUACUGAUCCCAGUUUACAUGCUGUGAAACCAAGCUCUCUGGGGACGGAAGCUGGAAAACAAAUUUUUGCAGAAACCUCCAAUAAAGUUUCAGAUUCUGGAAACAUAAAGUUGUUGGAGAACUGCUCAAAAAAUGCGAGUCAAACUAAUACCACUUUAAUGUUAGAGAAAUGUCCAAUCAAAGCUGUUCCUAAAAAUCUGAUACAUGCUGAAACUCUUUCUAAAUAUAAUGUCUCCCUGACAGACACCCAGCUAGGAGAUAUUCUGGACGACUGUACUUCUUUAGCUCAGCCGGGUAACUCACCAGCACCGAUACAGAAAAUAAGUGCACCGCUGAAUGGAAUCCAGCCUACAAAAGGAAAUCUUGAAUCUUCAGAAGUUGCUGUUGAUAACAGUCUCAAUGGAAGUUGUAGUUUCUUAUUUGACAGUUCUUUCGAAAGUUCCAUGAAUGCCAUGGAGGAGAAGCCCUUACAGGAUUUGUCUCAGUCUUUCAAAGAAAGAGCUGAGGUUAAUGAGCUUCCUCCUGUGCCUGUAAGAAUAGAAAAUGAAAACAUACAAGCUGUUAACCAAGAGCCUAUGGAAUGGGCAGAAUCAUCCUUUAACAUAUCAGACCUGGGAGAUUCUUUUCAGAUGGGCGAAGCUCUCUUUGUUGAGAGACUGAAUGCUGUAUUUAGCAGUGGUGAUGAAAUGACAUCAGAACAAACCAGAUCAUCAAAAAAUUGCGUUACACCUGACAUGAAAAUAACUCUAAACAAAGAAGCCAAAACCAACUCUGAAACAAAGACUAACAGAACCUCCACCUCAUUUCAUUUAAGCCCAGGAAUGCAAGACAUUCUGGAUAACUGGCCAAGUCUGUCUGGUAAAUGUACAAGUAGCCAUGAGGUGCCUGUAAAGAGUGAAACAGACAAAAAGGCUGCUGAAGUCAAUGCUUUUGUAACGGUUGACCAAGACAAGAAUGACAUACCUUACAGAGUGAAAGCAGAACAACAGUGUUUAGCUGUUGCAAAUCAAAUAUCCAGUGAAGUUGUUUCCCCUUGCCUUGAUCGAGAACUGGAGUCAGGACCAGGUCGUAAUGAACUUAUUCCACCAACACCACAAAGUGAGGCUGUCUCUCCAGCAAUCAAAAUGGCUUUAUCUGUUAGGAAAUUGGAUAAAUGUAAAGAAAAGGCUCUUUUGAGCAAAGUCUCUCCUCUUUCACAUGUAGAUCAGUCUACAUCAAACCUGGAUGAUUCUCUAAUUGAUAAAGGCUUUACACUGCAGUUGUCUCAGGAUGUGUCACCUUUGGUUUCUGUCCCUAGCAGUAUGGAAACUUUUACAAUCAUUGAUGUGGCGAGCAAUCUGACUCUUUUCCAGACGUUCAUAAAAGAAUGGAAAACUAAGACAAGGUUUUGCAUUGCCAUUGCUUGUGAAAAAGGAGAGCAUGUUCUGUCCACUCACUCAGCAAUAGGAGGAAAUUUCAAACCUAAUUGCUCUAAUCAUAAAAACACUCCAAGAAAAGAUGGGUUUCCAAUAAAGGGAAAUGAAGAUCUUGUUGUCACUGGGAUAUCUGUGUGCUGGGGAGGAAGAGAUGUCUAUUAUAUAUCAUUGCAACAGGAACAGGCAAACACAGACAUUAGUGCAAGUUUAGUGCCCCCACCUCUGGAUCCGAACCUUUCAGUGAAGGAGAGACUACAUCAUGUUCAGUCCUGUUUGAAAAGCAACUCCUCCUCUAGGUCUGAGAGAGUCAUUAUGGCAUAUGACUUCAAACAGCACUACAAAGCACUUCUAUUGGCCUGUGGGCUCACUCUGGAGGGAAGCUUCGAAGACCCGAAGGUUGCAUGCUGGUUGCUAGAUCCUGGGUCUAAGGAGCGGACUCUCCACAACAUGGUCACCAACUUUGCUCCCCAAGAUCUACAGCUGUUAGAUGGUAUUGGCACCGGACAGGGUGUCCAGAGCCUGGGCAUCAGUGGUAACCAUGAACACCCGGGACGCUACAGAGCUGCCAUUGAGUCUGUCCUUGUCCACAGCAUCAUGAGCCAACUCGAUAUACAGCUGGAAAAAGACAACUUGCAAGAUGUGUUUCGCAACGUGGAGAUGCCAACACAGUACUGUCUAGUGUUGCUUGAACUGAAUGGUAUUGGGUUCAGUACUGCGGAGUGUGAGUCACAGAAAUAUGUCAUGCAAGCCAAGCUUAGUGCUCUGGAGUCCCAGGCUUACCAGCUGGCUGGACAUAGCUUCUCAUUAACUAGCCCUGAAGACAUUGCAGAGGUGUUGUUUCUGGAGCUUAAACUUCCACCAAACGGGGACAUAAGUGGCCAGAAAAAUAAGAAGACUUUGGGAUACACCAGGAGGAACACUGCCGGAACACGGGUCAAAAUAGCGAAGCAGUUCAGCACCACAAAGGAUGUUCUGGAGAAACUGAAGACAUUGCAUCCUUUACCAGGCAUCAUCCUGGAGUGGAGAAGAAUAACCAAUGCCAUUACAAAGGUGGUCUUUCCUUUACAGAGAGAAAAACGCAUGCAUCCCAAGCUUGGGGUGGAGCGAAUAUAUCCCAUCUCCCAGACACACACGGCCACAGGAAGAGUAACCUUCAUUGAACCCAAUAUUCAGAAUGUGCCAAAGGAUUUUGCGAUUGAAAUGCCAACUUUAAUAGGAGAAAGUCCCCCAUCUCAGGAACGAGGCAACACACUUUUUUCAAAAUCAAGGAGUCGAAAAUCAAAGAUCUCCCGAGAUCCUGUGCCACCAGUCAAAGCAGAUGGCGAAUCACCAGAAAAAGGGAUGGCUUAUUCUAUUAGCAUGAGGCAUGCUUUUGUGCCUUUCCCAGGAGGCCUCAUACUGGCUGCGGAUUAUUCUCAGCUGGAGUUGCGGAUUCUGGCUCACCUCUCCUGUGACCGACGACUCAUCCAGGUCCUCAACAGUGGGGCUGAUGUCUUCAAGAGCAUUGCUGCUGAGUGGAAAAUGAUAGACCCGGACUCUGUGGAUGACGUUUUACGACAGCAGGCCAAACAGAUUUGCUAUGGAAUAAUCUAUGGAAUGGGAGCAAAGUCACUUGGAGAACAAAUGGGAAUUGAUGAGAACGAUGCUGCCUGUUACAUUGAAACAUUCAAAUCCAGAUACAAAGGAAUACAAGCCUUCCUCCGAGAAACAGUAAAGAACUGCGUCAAAAAUGGAUAUGUUCAAACAAUACUAGGGAGGAAGAGGUUUCUUCCUGCCAUCAAGGACCCAAACAUUCACAUAAAAACUCAUGCUGAACGCCAGGCUGUAAAUACUACCGUUCAGGGAUCUGCAGCUGAUAUAGUAAAAUCAGCAACAGUAAACAUCCAGAGACGCUUAGAGGAAGCUUUUCCCCUAGCUGCUAGAUCUCAUGAACACACAGGAAGUCAGGAAUAUUUCAAAUAUGCAGAUAGAAUAAAUCAAAGAGGGAACUCCUGUCCAAGCAGUGGAGGGUUCUUUGUUCUUCAGCUACACGAUGAACUCUUUUAUGAGGUUGUAGAAGAUGAUAUAAUUCAGGUAGCUCAGAUUGUGAAGAAGGAAAUGGAAUCUGCAGUUAAAUUAUAUGUUAAACUUCGGGUGAAAGUCAAAGUAGGUCCAAGCUGGGGAAACCUCCAAGACUUAGACAUUUAGUGAAGACUGAAAACCACAUUUAAAAUGAUCAGUAUAUCGGCAGUAUAUACUGUCAAGAAUAUUCAGAAUUUUCAGUGUCAGAGAAACAGAAUGCAAUGUACAUUAUUAACCCGGAAGGUUAAAGUAACAAACUUUUGUAGUAUUGUAUAAUUUAUUUCAUGAAUGUUAUAACGAUCAAAUUAAAUGUUUUUUUUUUACAUUUGAAACAUAUGAAAUAUUAAAUGCUAUUUGUAAUUAGGAAAAUUAAAGACUUGAAGCAAAUAGAUUAUUUUAUUUAAUAAUAACAUUUCCUCUACCAUUUUCUUAGAAAAACCACCUGAGAGUCCUGAAAAUAAAACAGAUCAGUGUAACAAUGUGCUUGUGCACAAAUCAUUUGAAUUCUUAAAUGUAAAACUCACCUUUAUUACCACACCACAUAAUAAGGAAAGGAAUAUGAUAUGUACUAAGGAGCACUUUGAAUGCAUUAUUUCCAAAUAAAAAAAAAUCUUGA